AUGGCCAAUAACACAUGGGACAUUGUUCCACUGCCACCAGGCAAAAGGGCAAUAGGCUCAGGCUGGGUGUUCAAGGUGAAGCACAAUGCAGAUGGUUCUGUAGAGCACUAUAAAGGCAGAUUAGUCGCCAAGGGUUACAGUCAACGCCCUGGCUUUGACUACACAGAAGUCUUUGCUCCCACGUUCCGUCAACCUGCAUUGCACCUUAUUCUAGCUCUCGCUGCAGCAGAGGAUCUAGAACUUCGCUCUGUGGAUAUCUCAUCUGCCUUCCUAAAUGGAGACUUGGAGGAAGAGAUCUACAUGCAACAACCUGAGGGGUUUCACCAGGGUGGUCCAGAAAUGGUCUGCAGGCUAAAUAAGUCACUCUAUGGCUUGAAGCAAGGUGCACGCCAGUGGAACAAGAAGCUUCAUGAGGUGCUCACCAAAAUGGGCUUCACUCAUCUUCAGUCUGACAGAAGCAUCUAUGUGUACAUUAGGGGAGAUGUGCGCAUUAUUGUCCCAGUCUUUAUAGACGAUAUGACACUUGCUUCAAAGUCCAAGAAGGCACUUGAUGACACUGUCAAGGAGUCAAAGUCAUAUUUUAAACUCUGA